AUGAAAACAAGCAUGCUCCGUCGGGAAUUCAAGAUACAAGGACAAAUCGGAGAGCCAGGGCAUAAAGAUAAACUAGCAUAUCAGUCAUUCAUUUCACAGAUUGAAAUUGGGCUGCAAAAGGGUUACACAGAAGAGGAAAUUACCCAUGCUGUUGUUAGAGCUGUUCAGGCUGGGUUACAACUACGAAGUUAUUUGGAGGGAAUAAAUGGGUUGACAUUACCACGAUUACGUAAAAUACUACGUUUUCAUUUCCAAGAGAAAAAGUGCUACCGAGCUCUACCAGCUCUUGGCUAAUAUCAGUCAAGCCCCAAAAGAAAGUCCACAAGAAUUUUUAAUACGUGCCCUGACGAUUCGGCAAAAUAUAGUGUUUGCAUCAAAUGAAUUGGAUACCAAGAUCAAAUAUGAUGAAGGGUUUGUCCAAGGUCUAUUCUUGCAUGCCCUAGAAGCUGGCCUUGCCAAUGAAACCAUUCGGGAAAAAAUGAGGCCACUCUGUAAGAACGAAUCAGUGGCUGAUGAAGAGCUAAUUGAAGUAAUGAGCUCUGCGAUGGAUGCUAAAUCAGAAAGAGCCACGAAGUUCAACCAGGUGGGCCGAGCAAAGUCCUCGCCAAAGAUCUCAAAGAUAGAAACCGGAGCGCCACCAAGACCUGCAGGGUCACCAAAUGCACACGAUAGUGAGAUACUGGCCACAUUAAAAGCUAUCCAGGCAGAAUUGAAUACAGUUCAGUCCGAGGUGGCUAGCUUGCGGACGAAAGUAGACCAGAAAGAUUCCCCUCAAGGACACCCCCUUCCAGUACCUUCAUGA